CUGGGAUACUUUAAGUUCUCAGUGACCCUUACUCAUAUCUUGCUACUCAUUUUGGAGUUUUUAGCGAAAGUUGAUUUCCUUAACUUUACAGACAAUAUAUUUGCCACAGCUCCUUCGGAGCUGACCCCCGGCGAUGUUCGACCUCCUGACGGCGUACUCAGGAGAAUGGAAAUGCGCCAAAACCGAUGGAUGGCGAAGGUGCAUGAGCAACGUCGCAAGAUUUACACCGACCACACCAUGCUUAAUUGA